CAAUGUUGAUUUUAAUCCAGCACGAGCCAGAGACACCCAGAGCUACAUCAAAUACCCGAUGCACAACGGUUCGGAGAGGUUCAUCUACUUUUCAGAUUAUUCGUCAAGAACCAGUAUCUCGUCAAGGUCUUCCUCUCUAAGAGUUGAAGCUGUACAACGCAACCAGUAUGAUUUUUUUUCUGGAAUUUACAGAAUCUUUGAAACAAAUUCUAUAAUUACUGAGACUUUUGGUACCAUAGCAAGUCCCGGAUUUCCUACAGCGUACCCAUCAUCCUCAACAUAUACUUGGAAAAUUGUGGGAAAGGUUAUCGUCUUUAGACUGCUGAGCAAGGACUUUGAAGAAUGCUGUGAUAAAAUCACGCUGUAUAAUGGAUCAGAUACGUCUAAUACCAUGGUCAAUGUCACCAUCAACUCACCAAUCGAGAUAAGAAACACGUUGCAUAUAAAGUUUACCACUGACGGCUCAGUUGAAAAAGAUGGUUUUAUUGCAACUUUUCACAUGCAAGAGUUGAGCUAUGGAAGUGUGUGUUCACUCAAUAUCGGCGGGAUGUGCAAGGGUCCUGACAUGGUGUGCAGAUAUGACAAAAUUGGUGACACGAGAUGUCUGUGUCCUGUAGGCAAAUAUCAUGACAAUGGUCGCUGUCAUAUGGUAUUGAUCUUUGAGAUACAAACUCUAACCACGGAGGCCAACCUGGUUUUGCCUAGAGGAAGCUACUUCAUUAGGCACAAUAUAGCUUGGUCAUCGCUGGAUGACCCUCUAGACCAUCACAAGAUGUACACCAAUGCAAUUACAAAAGUUCAAUUGACCGACUUGACCCCAGGUCAUGAAUACGUUCUUGGAGUAGUCUCCACAUUAAAAGCAGAUGAUUACGAGGACGAGUUUACAAUACAGACCAAUACAAGUUUCUUGACAAUGCCAGCUCAGCCUGGAGAAGUUCUAGAAGAAGAAAGUAACUUGAACACACCUCCAUAUGUUCUGAAGUUUAACUCUUCACGAGGAAUUGUACAUCAUUAUAAUAUCACGCUGGUAUCAGACACUCAAGUGUUGAUUUAUCAAGUAAAUGAAGCAGAACUUGUGACGUCAGACCUGACAGCUGAUACUCUCUAUAACUACACAAUCACUGCCUUCAAUAAACUUGGGAAUGAGAGUACGACUUUUGGUGGCAAUAUCACAACUGGUCCAGCCCAUGGUGUCAACAUCAAGACGCCACUGGUUAUAUGGUUGAGCUCAGCUGGAGUUCUUCUAAUUAUUAUUUGUGUUGUGAUUACUACAAUUAUUGCAACAAGAUGUAAACGUCAGAGAGAAGCUAAGACUGAACUCAUCUUGAAAUCUAUGCCAGUUCAAUAUAAAACAGAUACAUCUAGAACCUACAGUGGACUACCUACUAAAAACAAGCCUGGCGAUAAAAAAGGAAGUGACCAUGGUUAUGAAGGACUUCAAUUAGGAUAUGUAAGCCAACAGCAUAAGGAUGAAUCGUGUGAUGAUGACCUUUACAUGAAUGCCGCAGCCAUUAAUGAGAACACAGAAGAUUUUUAUGAAGAUUUUUCAUAAAUGUUUCAUAUUCAUUAUUGACUUGUGUAGAAAUAGGCUCUCCAAUCAAACUUCAAAAUCAUCUCGCUGAAAUUAUCAUUUUAGGACUUGAUACAUUAUUUUAAUCACAUGAAAUUCUGAGAGCUUAUCUGUACCUACAUAAUGAGAUAAUAAUUAGACCGUUGUAAAAUGAACUUCAAAUGUAAUUUUUUAUUUUAUUUAUUAUAAUUAUUUCAAAAAUUGUAUCUUUUUUUUUUUUAACUUUUUUAUUCGGAAGAUAAAUGUUGCACUUCCAUGUUGUCUGCUUAUUUUAAAAAUGAAAAUGUUAUUGACUAGAGCAGUGUUUCUCAAACUUUUGCCAGUGGCGAUAUCUUAAAUGAGAAGACUUUUUGUUUACA